AUGGUCCUCCACAUCACCCCUUACUCCAGUUCUUGUCUUUACUUCCUUGAUGGCUUGUCAUGGAGCCUGGUAUUCCCCUGUUACUGGCUCCUGGAUCAGCUCCUGGCCUCCUGCCUGGCCACUUCACUGGAGAAGCGACAGCGCUCUCAGGAUCCAUGCUCCCUCCUAACUUUGUGUGUCCUGAUAAUGGUGCCUCUUUACUUGCUCCUCCUCCUUGCAUCUUUGCCAUUUGCACUUCUGGGCUUCAUCAUCUGGGCUCCGCUGCAGGCCAUCCGUCAACCUUACCUGUACACCUACCACAGACUAGAAAAGCACCAAACUGAGCAAGGCGAGACUGGGACAGGUUUUGUCGGGGUCAGAGACUGGAGACCUCAAGGCAUGACCUUCUGUUUCUGCAGCGCCAACGUUUGCCUGCUGCCUGACUCUCUGGCUAGGUUCAACAACCUUUCAGACACUCAGAGGAGAGCACGGGAAGUGGGUAAAAGGAUCAGAAACGGAGCCUGUCGGCCUCAGAUUAAAAUCUACAUUGACUCGCCAACCAACACUUCCAUCAGUGCAACCUCCUUCAGCAGUCUAGCCACGGGCUUCCGCCGCACCUCCUCCUUGGACCAGCGACCAGACCAGACACACAUUGUAAAUGGCCCGGCAGACAAUGAAAUUGAACCACUCAGCGAGUGUCCUGUCCAUUCAGUGGGUGCUACGGACUGUCCAGCUCAUCCAUCUGCAGGAUUUCAUGGAACCUCUCAAUGUCCCAUUCACUCAGACACAGCAGUGGACUGCCCCCUCCACUCAGGUACAAAAAACACAACAGUGGACUGCCCUCUACACUCAGGAGCAAGAGACCCAACAGUGGAAUGCCCCCUCCACAUGGAUACAGGAGUCACAGCAGUGGAAUGCCCCCUCCACUCAGGAGAAACGGCAGAGGAAUGCCCCCUUCACUCUGUUCAGAGUAACAACACUCCAGACUGUCCCUUGCACACAUCGGCACAAACUCCAGAAUGUCCGAUGCACUCACCAGGGGCACAGAUUUGUCUCGGCAAACAUGACUGCCCUGUGCACGGGAAGGAGGCACAGGCUAAUCCCCCAUCUCAGUGUCCACUCCACACCUCAGGUGUUCAAAUCAGCAUCAGUGCCCCAGAGCCAGACCCACAGGAGGAAGAGAAGGAGACAGGUAACCAUCAGUCAAGGGGACUGGCAAGAGGAGACAUGGGCGGCAUGACUGCCUCGAGAGAAUCCCUUUCUAGGUACCAUGGAAGUGAUGGUUGUGGGGUGAUAUCCUCAAACAACACUCUCUCACAUGUGCCUCGCACCUCAAUAUUCAAGCGCCCCGGUAGAAAGCGCCGCCACGGCGAUGAGACUUUCGACCAUGACAUUUCUGCGUUUUUCCCUGCCAACUUGGAUUUCCUUGCCCUUCAGGAAGUGUUUGACCACAGUUCAACAACUCGACUGCGGCAGCAGUUGCAUCGUUACUUCCCCUAUGUGCUGAGCGAUGUCGGGCGGUACGGCUGGAAAGGUUGCUGUUCCAGCUUCAAAUUCCUCAACAGUGGUCUGUUGCUAGCAAGUCGCUACCCAAUCCUGGAUGCACGCUAUGAGUGCUACCCCAAUGGAAGAGGAGAGGAUGCAAUGGCAGCCAAAGGAGCUCUGUUUGCCAAGGUUCAUGUGGGCACCAACCACCAAGAGCAAAGGAUUGUGGGCUACCUCACAAGUACCCACCUCCAUGCCAUAGAAGGUGAUGCUUCUGUGCGAUGUGAACAGCUAGACUUGCUGCUCCAGUGGGGCGCAGAGUUCCGUCAAGCUUCAUCACAUCAUCCCGAAGGGGAGAAAGUUCUCGAAGACAUUGUGGCCUUUGAUGUCCUUCUGGGUGACCUCAACUUUGACAAUUGCUCUUCAGAGGACAAGUUGGAACAACAGCAUGCACUUUUUUCUAUAUACAAGGACCCAUGUCGCCAGGGGCCAGGAGAGGACAAACCAUGGGCUCUGGGUACAUUGCUGGAUCCCAGUGGCCUUUACGACGAUGAGGUCAGUUCACCGGAAAGUUUACAAAAAGUGAUGGAGAACGAAGAAAGCAGAAAGGAGUACCUAGUGUUUCCUCCCAGUAAAAGCCAAUGUCCCUCCAGCAACCAAAAGGGAAGGAACAUUCCGCUGAAGGGCAAUGGACGCCGGAUUGACUACAUCAUGUACAGUGAUGAGGGUCUGCAACAGGACUGGAAAUUGGAAAUUGAGGAGUUCAGCUUUGUUACACAGCUGGCUGGCCUCACGGAUCACCUGCCUGUGGCUAUGCGAUUAGCCGUCUCCACAGGAGAGGAAGAGUCUUAG